CAGUCACGCCUAGACUCGUUCAAAAAGUGAACCUGAGACCGAGUCAUUCCACGGCGGUGUGCGAAGACUGAUGCUCUUAUCGUGAACUAUAGUGAAAACGUGAUAUUUUACUCAUCAACGGGCUUGAUAUUAACUCGUUAAAGUUAUUUUUAUAUGUAAAUGUUGUGAUACAAACCGUCGCUAGUGGUGUUUAGUAUUUCGAAUACGCUUACGGUUAAAAUACAAGGAUAGAGUGUUGGUGCAAUAAGUGUUCUCAGUUCAACCUAGUCUGGAUUUUCAAGGAUUAUUUUGCAUAAUAAAGAGAUUUCCAAAAACAAGGUCUCGCUUCGUUGUCGCCGCACUAUGAGAGUGCGCUUCCUAUGCUUAUGAUCUCAAUUUAGAAAAGGAAUUUCACGCGAUAAGCCCGCUGUGUCUCCAACAAUGGAAUUCCCAUGCUCGGAGCGGGCGGGUGGCAUCGGUGACGGGCGGCGGUGCGUGCGGUAGAGUGCCGGCCACAUGCGCUCGCGCCGUCAUGUGGCGCGUGCUGCUGGCGUUAGCGGCCGCGUGCGUCGCCGCGCGCGCCUCCCAGGACGUCGUGCGGACCUACAGCGAUCCGGUCUCCGCACCGGGAUCCCAGUUCAACCACCUCGUCGUGGAUCGCAAUACGGGCCGUGUCUACAUCGGCGCUGUUAACAGAAUCUAUCAAUUGUCGCCUGAUUUGGAAGUAGCCCAAUCGAUUAUUACAGGCCCCGUCAACGAUUCCGCUCUCUGCACUUUUGACUGUCCAGCCAACUAUGUCAAGAAGCCGACGGAUAAUGUUAAUAAGGCGCUGGUGAUCGAUUACGCGACAAGCCGACUCAUAACGUGCGGCUCCGUGCUUCAAGGGCUAUGUUCCGUGCGAAACCUUAAUAAUAUUUCUCAUGAUGUUCGUGAAGUUCGUGAACCGGUGGUGGCAAACAAUGCUACAGCGUCGACGGUUGCGUUUAUUGCGCCUGGUCCUCCAAACCCGCCUAUGACACAAGUUAUGUACGUAGGUGUUACGUUUACGGGAAAUUCGCCAUAUCGUUCAGAAGUUCCUACUGUCAGCAGCCGUUCCCUGGAAGAUGACCGCCUGUUUGGAAUUGCACGCACCGCAGUCACGACUGGUACGAGGAUGUUCAUCAAUUCAUUAUCACGGGAGCGAUAUCUUAUAAAUUACGUCUACGGCUUUAGCUCCGAGGGAUUCAGUUAUUUUCUUACAACACAACUGAGAGGUGUAGGAUCAGAUACAUACUACAGCAAAUUGGUUCGUGUAUGUCAUGAUGACGAAAACUACUAUUCAUAUACUGAAAUUCCAAUGUCUUGUACCGGAGAGGGAGGAGGUAAUUUUGGAUACAAUCUAGUACAGGCUGCUUUUGUUGGAAAGGCCGGCUCCGUCCUCGCAGGUGAAUUAGGAAUAACGGCACAGCACGAUGUACUCUUUGCUGCCUUCAGUCAAAGUGAGUCAAUAAACGCGAAUACUCCAUCAGAUCUGUCAGCCCUUUGUGUGUACUCUCUGAAAGCGAUUCGGCGUAAAUUCAUGCAGAAUAUAAAGACAUGCUUCAGCGGAAAUGGAUCUCGGGGUCUUGAUUUUAUAUCGCCCUCGCAUACUUGUAUCGGAACAAAAUUACAAUCAAUCAGUGAAGAUUUUUGUGGCUUAGACGUAAAUACUCCACUCGGGGGUGAACAACCAGUGGAAGCGGUCCCGGUAGCUGUAUUUAAGAAAAGACUUACUGCAGUAGCCGCAACUGCCACUGGCGAUUAUACUGUAGUGUUUGCGGGAACGGCGAAAGGACAUCUCAAAAAGAUUGUGGUCGAAAGUGCAACUUCUGCAUUUGAAUACGGGGAUAUCGUUGUUGACGAAGAUUCACCAGUGAAUAAAGACUUAUUCUUCGAUACUCAGUUAAUGCAUUUGUAUGUGAUGACAGAACGAAAAGUGUCUAAAGUGAAAGUGCAAGAGUGCAGCGUUUACAAAUCCUGUUUGACGUGUCUCGGAGCCAAAGACCCGUACUGUGGAUGGUGUUCUUUAGAAAACAAAUGCAGUCUGCGUUCAGAUUGUCAGGAGGCAGCUAAAGAUCCUUUGUAUUGGAUCCCUUACCGCAGCGGGCGUUGUACAACCAUCACCCAAGUGACACCUAAUCAAUUGCAACGAACGACAGCAAGAACACUAGAUUUACUCAUCGAAAACUUGCCUACACUCAAUGGACAAUUUUUAUGUGCAUUUACAGCCUUAGAUCGUACUCUUAUAACGAAUGCUACCAGAAAAACUUACGGUGUUAAUUGUACAACUCCGCGUACCGAUACGCUCCCACCGAUACCGGCUGGUCAACAUCACUUCACUGCUAAGUUAUCGGUGCGCACUACUCAGGGACCUGACUUUGUAGCGACCAAUUUUACUUUCUUUGAUUGUAAUACGUACAGCUCGUGCACACAAUGCGUCAGUUCCUCGUUCCCUUGCGACUGGUGUGUCGACGGUCACCGCUGCACCCACGAUACCGCUGAAAAUUGCCGUAAUGAUAUUUUAGUAACGGGAGUUAGUAGAAUAGGCCCAAGUUAUCGUUCUGGUCCAAGCUUUUGUCCAACAAUAAAUUCAACGUCCGACGGUACCAACGAAAUAUUAGUACCUUCCGGUGUUAAAAAACAAAUCAAAGUUAAAGUCCACAUAAUAGGCCAAUUUAUCGUUCAAACUAGAUUCGUUUGUCAAUUCAAUAUUGAGGGUAGAGUCACUCACGUGAACGCUCAACUUUUAGCAGAUACCAUAUAUUGUGAAUCCGUUGAAUUUACUUAUACUUCCCGAGCUCCUAAUAUUACUGCUUCGUUUGCUGUAAUAUGGGGUGGGUCGAAACCUCUUGAUAAUCCGGAUAAUACUCAUAUUCUCAUCUACCGUUGUAACGAUAUGGCUGAUAAUUGCGGCAUGUGUCUCGCCCUCCCUGAGAAGUUUGGUUGUGGUUGGUGUCAAGGGUCCGACAGGUGCGAAGUACAAGAACAGUGCGGAGCACCUAGUGUUUGGUUAAAUCGAACACAAACUUGCCCUAAUCCUGAAAUUCAUUCAUUCAGACCACAGCUUGGCCCAUGGGAUGGUGGAACAAACAUAACCAUCGAAGGUAUAAACCUGGGUCGGAAUAUAUCUGACAUAUAUAACGGGGUAACUAUUGCCGGAAUAAAAUGUCAGCCUAUCAUAGAAUUAUACAUAAAAACAAAACAAAUCGUUUGUACUGUAGACGGUCCCGGAGAAGAGGUUCCCCGUGAUGGGCCGGUAGUUGUUCGUGUUGCUGAUUAUCGCGAUGAAUCUAAACAACACUACGCGUUCGUUAACCCUAAAAUUAAUUCUAUCGAACCAAUCUACGGGCCACAAUCGGGCGGUACGAAGUUACGUAUCACGGGUGAAUAUCUAAACGCCGGCAGCAAUAUACAAGCUUAUAUCGAUGAUUUGCCUUGUGCUAUUUUAUCAGUAUCGCACGAGGAAGCUGUGUGUAGGACAAGCCAUUCGUAUCAACUCAAAAUGGGCACACUGCGAAUGCGUUUCGAUAACGGGAUGCGAACUCUAGAACGACAAAAGUUUGAAUAUAUAGAGGAUCCUGUUGUAGUGUCCGUUGAAUCCGGUCCACCAUUAUUAUCGCAACGCAAACAACCCAAAGGCAUUCCGUCCGGCGGGAUAAGCAUCAAAGUGAUGGGCAGAAACUUCCAUUCAAUUCUAUUGCCCCAGAUCUAUGUAUAUCACGAUAACAGACCUUACAUUGCUCCUUGCUAUAGGGCAGAUUUUCAAACUGUUCUGAUUUGUGAAUCACCCGGUAUUGAAAGUGCCGGUCUCAAUCUAGAUCCUGAUAGACCUUUGGCAUUAGAAUACGGUUUCAAUAUGGACGACGUACAAAGUGUACAGAACCUCACAACUAAGACUGGUGACGCGUUCCUUUUAUAUCCUGAUCCCAUUUAUGAGAAAUUCGGCGAAGAUUUAAAGUAUUACAAGUCUGAUUAUUUAACUAUUAACGGUCAAAAUCUGGAUAGGGCGUGCACUGAGGCUGAUGUAGAAGUUCGAAUCGGAGACAGCAUUUGCAACGUAACAUCGUUGUCACGGCAUCAACUGACUUGUCGUCCCCCUUCGCGGGAAGAUCUUCCUGACGGUGUUGACACUCUUGAAGUAGUAGUUAAAGUAGGACGUGCGCUCACCUACAAGAUUGGUAAAUUGUCGUAUUCCUCGCAGACUGGUUUGCAAGCCGCUAUAGGCAAACCAGCACUGAUAGGGGUCGGCAUCAGUAUAGGUAUUCUCUUAUUUAUAGUUGUGGGAUUCUUAGUUAUGUAUAGGCGAAAGUCAACAGAAAAUAUUAGGGUAUUAAAGAGUAUGCAGGAACAGAUGGAUAUUUUAGAGUUAAGAGUAGCAGCAGAAUGUAAGGAAGCGUUUGCGGAGUUGCAAACCGAAAUGACGGAUUUGACUGGUGAUGUCACGGGCGGUAUUCCUUUCCUAGAUUAUCGCACGUAUGCCAUGAAAAUUUUGUUCCCUAACAUUGACGACCAUGCCGUCCUGCAGUGGGAACGUCCCGAGCUUAUUAGAAAAGACAAGGGUCUUAGAUUGUUUGGACAGCUUAUUAUGAAUAAAACAUUCCUUUUAUUAUUUAUUCGUACUUUAGAAAGCAAUAGAUAUUUUUCGAUGCGUGAUCGUGUGAAUGUAGCUUCAUUGAUUAUGGUAACGCUCCAAAGUAAAAUGGAGUACUGCACUGAUGUAUUGAAGACAUUAUUAGCUGAUUUAAUAGAGAAGUGCAUGGAAGGUAAAAAUCAUCCUAAAUUACUGCUCAGACGUACCGAAAGUGUAGCGGAAAAGAUGUUGAGCGCUUGGUUCACUUUUCUGCUUUACAAAUUUCUCCGCGAAUGCGCCGGGGAACCUCUGUAUCUGUUAUUUAGGUCGAUGAAAGGACAGGUAGAUAAAGGCCCCGUCGAUGCCAUUACCUCUGAAGCCCGUUAUUCACUUAGCGAAGAAAAACUUAUCCGCCAAUCAAUAGACUUUAAAGCAAUGACCGUAAACGUGUCGAUUUCGCAACAAACUUUGUUUGUGAGCGGCUUAGAGGCUACCACUGAAAACGUACAAGUUAAAGUUUUAGACUGUGAUACGAUAAGUCAAGUUAAAGAGAAAUGUUUGGAUGCUAUAUAUCGCUCAACUCCGUAUUCCCAACGUCCUAGUCGAGAUGAACUUGACUUAGAAUGGCGCACGGGGGCUUGUGGUAGGUUGAUUCUUUACGACGAAGAUAGCACUACGAAGUGCGAAGGAGAAUGGCGUAAACUCAAUACCCUGAAUCAUUACCGCGUCCCGGAUGGCGCUUGCCUUAGUCUUGUUGCAAAACAGAGUUCGGUUUAUAAUUUGUCUAAUAUGGAGAAAAAUGACAAGUCUCAUACUUACGAAACUUUAAAUCGAGGCAAAUACGGAUCCGCUAGUCCCCCUGCAAGCCCGCUGAAAUACGAUCACGGUGGCGGCUUUAAAUACUGGCAUCUCGUGAGACAUCACGACGAUGACGCACGCAAGGAGGGUGAGCGUGGCAAUAAAAUGGUCUCUGAGAUUUAUCUCACACGUCUUCUCGCCACGAAAGGCACUCUGCAGAAAUUUGUCGAUGAUUUAUUUGAGACCAUUUUCAGUACAGCUCAUCGCGGUUCGGCGUUGCCUCUGGCCAUAAAGUAUAUGUUCGAUUUCCUCGAUGAUCAGGCAUUACAGCACGCAAUAUCCGACCCCGAAGUUGUGCAUACUUGGAAAAGCAAUUCCCUUCCUCUUCGCUUCUGGGUGAACCUGAUAAAAAAUCCUAAUUUCGUGUUCGAUGUUCAUAAGUCAAAUACUGUAGAUUCUUGCUUAUCUGUAAUCGCGCAAACUUUCAUGGACUCUUGUUCGACCUCCGAUCACAUUUUAGGCAAAGACUCGCCUUCGUCCAAGCUUCUUUACGCUAAAGACAUUCCCGUGUACAAGGAGUGGGUGGAGCGUUACUAUGCGGACAUUAAGUUGAUGCCGGCAAUAUCAGAUCAGGACAUGAACGCGAUGUUUGCGGAGGAGUCUCGCCUCCACACGAAAGAGUUCAACACGAACUGUGCGCUGAACGAGCUGUACGCGUACGCGGACAGGUACAACGAACAGUUGACGGUAACGCUCGAGGAGGACGAGUUCUCGCAGAAGCAGCGGCUCGCAUACCGCCUCGAGCAGGUGCACAGCCUCAUGGCUCAUGAUUACAACGUGUGAUCGCCUCGCCUGACGCUGUGAUGCCGACCCCACCGCCCUGUAUAUAACGCUCACGCACAUAUCUAUGCUGGCAUUUAUUGUAUAUAUUAGAUAGUGUACAGUCUUUAAUAUUGUAAUUUUUGUAUAAUUUCAGCGGUCAGAUCGUUUUUUAAUUUUAUAUAAAUGAACUUUGUAUUGAUUUUACACGACGAGCUCGGCCGGCUACGGUCGUGCCGGAUGUAUUCAUCGUAAAGUAAUAAAUGAAAUAAAUUGUGUAUGUCUGUCUUAUGUGUGCUCGCGUCGUACGAGUUAAUGUUACGUCGAUCGGUGUAUAAUGUGUGUCGCAAAGAAUUCGCAUGUAAGCUCGCCGGCGAGCGACGGCUUCGCUCGCCAACGGGCGAUUUUUAAAUUUGUACUCGCAGUCUUAUUAACGAAAUAACCGACAGUGAACCCGUGAACGAUUCCAUUAAUAAAUAUCGUCGAAUGUA